CGUAAUCCAGACAAGACACUCCUCAGAAAAAUAAAAAUUGCAAAGGGAAAAUAACUAUUCAAGGUUUUCAGCCUUAGUAAUUUAUAUUUUACGUAAUAUAACGGCAUAUUCUGUUCUUGCUCUUCAACCUGAUUAGAUUUGAGGCUGGGACACCUGCAAUCGUUGAGGCAAUUGGAUUAGGGGCUGCAAUUGAUUACUUGUCUGGGAUUGGUAUGCAGAAGAUUCACGACUAUGAGAUGGAGCUGGCCAAUUAUUUAUACGAAAAACUUUGUUCUGUUCCGAAUAUUCGGAUCUAUGGUCCAAAGCCUUCUGAAAACAUUCACCGUGCUGCUCUUUGUUCUUUCAACGUCGAGAAUAUUCACCCUACAGAUCUUGCAACUUUCCUUGACCAACAGCAUGGGGUGGCUAUCAGAUCAGGUCACCAUUGUGCUCAGCCUCUCCAUCGCCACCUAGGAGUCAACGCGAGCGCACGGGCAAGCCUUUAUUUCUACAAUACCAAAGAAGAUGUUGAUGAGUUCAUCCGGUCGCUCAGUGACACGGUCAGCUUCAAGUAGCCAAGUUGUUUUCCACAUAGUAUCGUGUCUACCAUUCCUGUGUACUACAUGAAAGCUUAUGGCGAGUACAUGUUACACAGUUAAUCAAAUUUACAAGUGUUUGGUCUGUUUGGUGUUUGAGAAAUUAUUGUGUAACAAGUCGGUCAACACAUGCCCAGAAUCUAUACAUUUUUUUC